AUGUAUCGAAAGAACUAAUAUCUUUAACUUAAAAUUGUGAUUCAGAUGUCUUCUCAAAUUUAUAAUAAAUCAUUAGAUUUGACCUCGCAUAAAGAAUCUUAAUGUACUUGAAAAAUCAAAUAAAAAAGGUCUGAAUAAAAAUAAAAAAAAAUAUUAUAAAUAUGGGACACACACGAAUUAGAGUUUAUAGAAAUUCAAUUAAAAUAUAUUAUCAAGUAUGUUCUAGUAUAAUGUUUAUAUAUAAAUCUUAUUGAGAGUAAUUCUUUUGGUAUAUAAAGAAAGUUCGAUAAAUUGUUUUAUCAAUUUUAUUAAGAGAGGAAGUGUUUAUAUAUUUGUUCAAUUUUUAUUAGAAAUAAAUUAGACUUUUUAAACAUGAGAGUCUCAACUAUGAAGAGCAAAAAUUUGGCUCUAUAGUAGAAUAUACUAUAUAUAGAAAUAACUGCUAUUGAUAAUAACAAUAUGUGUAAAACAACUAAAUAUAUAUAUAUUAGAAGAUAUUUUCAAUAUAUAGAGUAAAGAUUAAGGAAGGAGAAAUGUUUAAUAAAAUACACUAGUAAUAUUUGGAACAAUCAAUUUAAAUUAGAAAGUUGA